AUGAUCACAAAUCUACGUCUGUCCCCUGCGACACUCCACCCGCUCAAAAUCCAUCCUCUCCGAUGUAUACCACCUUCAGCACGAGUCAGAAUCUAUCACUCAACCUCCCCUCCCGAACCACCCCAUCAUCAAUGUCCCUCAUGUUCUCGAUCCAUCCCACUUCCAUUAUCCCCCUGUCCCAACUGCUCAGCACUACUACCAUUGCCAUCCACACUCUCCCAUCAUUCAAUGUUAUACCUAUCUGCUCCUAUCGGUUCAUCCCCCAACGGUCCAUUUGAUAUACCCCGAGAAUUGGGUCAUUUACCCUCACAUGGAUUCGGAUUGGACAAGAGUGAUCUAAGAAGUCGAUGGGUGCGGAGACAGAGGGAAUUGCAUCCUGAUAAGUUCACUUCCAAGGGUGAUAAGAUAGUAGAUCUAGCUAGGGAGUUGUCAGGAAGGGUUAAUGAGGCUUAUAAUGUCCUGGGGGAUGAACUCAGGAGAGCAGAGUAUAUUUUAUCGAUAUAUGAUAAAGCUACGGAGGAGACGGAUAAAUUGGACGAUCCAAUGAUGUUGGCUGAGAUCCUCGAAGCGAGAGAAGAGCUCGAAGAAGCUGAGAGCCAAGAGGAUAUCCAGAGGAUACGGAGUGAUAAUCAUGCAAAAGUAGAAGACAUAAUAGCACAGCUCCAAUCGGCAUUCAGUGAAGAUCCACCUAAUCUUGAUGAAGCGAAGAAUUUGGCGGUGCAGUUGAAAUAUUGGAGAGGGCUUGAAAAUGCCGCUAGGGAGAAGUCGAUAUGA